AUGAUAAUCAGAAAGCUGAUGAAUCCCUUUGUUCAGCCAGAUCCUCGUCCGAAUAAAAAAUUACUCCACAAUGAAUUUUGUCAUUUUAGAACCAUUAUAGUUGUAGUCCUGUGUCUUUCGAGUUAUGGGGUUUGUCUAGAAACAGGCAUCCUUACACCCAGUGUAGUACUCAGAGACUCCGAUACCAUAGUUUCCCAAGGAAAGGUCUUCACAAUGGGAUUCUUCAGCCCCAACGGAACCACCAGACGGUACAUAGGCAUAUGGUAUUAUGUCUCCAACGUAUCUGUCAUGAGGGUUGCCAAUCGAGAUCGACCUAUCAAUGAUACUUCCGGGUCUAUAACAAUAUCCUCUGACGGUAACAUCGUACUAAUGAAUGGAAACAACGAGACAGUUUGGUCCACAAAUGCUACAACUUCCACGAGCAACACAUCUGCCCAGUUAACAGAUAAUGGAAACCUUAUUCUCUUCGAUCAGUCGAAUAAUGUUUCAUUAUGGGAAAGUCACAAGCACCCAACGAACUCUUUUCUGCCUACGACGAGAUUAAGCCACAACACAAAUACAGGCGAGAAAGUAAGGCUAAAUUCGUGGAGAACUUCUCAGGAUCCGAAUUAUGGAAAUUAUUUCGUGGGACUCCACGUUUCAGUAGGCAUUCCACAACUUUUUACGUGGAAUCAAGAUCGUCCAUUCUGGCGGAGCGGUCCAUGGAAUGGUCGGGUUUUCACCGGAGUAACGAGUAUGUACUCGGUGUACGUUGAUGGAUUCAAUGUUGUAAAUGAAGGUGGAACAUACUAUUUUACUCGAAAUUUUCGUCAAAACUUAAUAGUGAAAGAUUUUUUAAAUCCAGAUGGUAUUUUGAUCGAGGAAGUAUGGAAUAAUCAGAUGGGUUUUUGGAAUAGAUCGUUUAAUGGUCCGGAUGUCCCUUGUGACGUAUAUAACUACUGCGGUCCAUUUGGGUUCUGUAACCAAUAUAAUUCUCCAAUAUGUCAAUGUUUGAGAGGGUAUGAACCAAAGAAUAAGCAGGAAUGGGAUGGAGGGAAUUGGAGUGGUGGAUGCAAGAGGACGACGCCAUUACAGUGUGAAAGAGGUAAUAAUGCUACCGACAAAAGUAAAGGGGACAUAUUCUCAAAGUUAACGAUGGUAAAAGUGCCAGAUUUAAUUCAGUGGUCACCUGGUCUUGAAAACGAAUGCAGAAGUCUAUGCUUAAAGAGUUGUUCUUGCUUAGCCUAUUCUUAUGACACUGAUAUAGGUUGUAUGUUCUGGAGUGAGAGCUUAAUUGACAUUCAACAAUACCAAGCUGAUGCAGGUUUAGAUCUCUAUGUCCGCGUACCCUACUCAGAGCGAGAUAAGAAGAAAGACAAGAAAGUGAUUAUCAUAGUUGCGGUGAUAAUCAGUUUGGUGGUUGCAUCCGUUGGUUUAUUUUUAUCUUGGCGGUGGAUGUCUAAGAGAAAAGUGAAAAAUGUAAUUGUACUAAAAGAAUCAGGGGAUUCAAACUCGUCGGAUUCAACCUCGAUUGUGCUUAGAAAUCCCGAAGACAGAGUCAUUAUUGAAGAGUUACCAUUAUACAGUAUUGAGACUCUUGUAAAUGCGACAAACAAUUUUCACACGACGAAUAAGCUUGGUGAGGGUGGUUUUGGUCCUGUAUAUAAGGGAAAGUUGGCAAACAGAAAAGAAAUUGCAGUCAAGAGGCUUUCUACAGCAUCAGGACAAGGAAUGGAAGAAUUUAUGAAUGAAGUUGCGGUGAUCUCUAAACUCCAACAUCGAAACCUUGUUCGACUGUUGGGAUGUUGUGUAGAGAGAGAUGAAAAAAUGUUGAUCUAUGAAUAUCUGCAAAACAGAAGUUUAGAUGUCUUUCUCUUUGAUCAAUCACAAAUGGUUCUCGAUUGGAGGAAACGAUUCAAUAUUAUUGAAGAUUUUGGAAUGGCACGAAUAUUUGGAGGCAAUCAAGAUCAAGCCAACACUAAAAGAGUUGUAGGAACAUAUGGAUACAUGUCCCCAGAAUAUGCUUUAAGCGGCAUAUUUUCAGAAAAAUCCGAUGUUUUCAGUUUUGGAGUUCUAGUAUUGGAGAUCAUUAGUGGAAGAAGGAACACAAACUUCUACAAUGAAGAGCUAUCUUUAACCCUUUCUGGAAAUGCAUGGAAAUUAUGGAACGAGGACAAAGCCGUGGAAUUCAUAGAUAAAAGAAUAUCAAAUCCAAGCUUCGAUACAGAAAUCGCGAGAUGCAUUCACAUUGGAUUGUUGUGUGGCCAAGAAUCCCCCGUAAAUAGGCCGACUAUAUCAACCGUCCUUUCAAUGCUCAGUACCGAAAUUGUUGAUCUGCCAUUGCCCAAGGAACCAUUAUUUACAGAUAGGUGGAAUCAUGCUCAUUCAGGAUCUUCUUCAAGACAAAUUGGCUCUGCCAACAACAUUUCUUUUACAAUUCUUGAUGGCAGAUGA